AUGGUCGAUUCGUCUCCACAGACCCGCUCGUCAGGCCGGUCUCCCGAUUUGCCUGUCAGCGGCGCCAGCAUGCAGACUGGCUUCACGACGCAGCCUGCCACUGCGUCGCCGGCAGCCAGAGGAAAUUCGCUUCACAGCGAAGGACCCGCCGGGGCUCAGGGAGGCGCCAGACAGGUGGCGCGCGUCAACGCAGCGAUUGCCGUAGACCAGACCAUGGCAAAUGGAGACGACUCUGAGGCGGUCCUGUCUGCAAUGACAGCGCUAUUUGAAUCUCUCAACGAAGUCCACCUGGAGGGCGGCGGAGAAUCAUGGAAACCCUCCAUCAAGACUGGAGACGGGUUCAAAGCCUGCAAGCAGUUUCUGUGCGCACUGUCGGCUGCGGCUGACGCCCUCCAAAUCCGUCCACAAAGCCGCGAGUACCGCCACCAGUUCACGAAGAAUUACCGUGCUCUUUUCCCGGACCAAAGACGACACUACAGAGUCGAUGUCCUCGAGGCGUCGCAAGAAGGGUACACGAUGAUUUACGUGAACGGCGAAAGGUUCGAUUUCCACUCCUCUGUCAUCGAGAGCGGAGUCAAUUUCAAGCUGGCCUGGAUCAACACUUUGGAGAAGCUCCAUCAGCUUCAGCGCCAGGACCUUUCGACCUAUCAGUACUGGCGGUCGGAGCUCGUGCCCGUCCUGGUUGACCUCGAUUGCAAAUGGGCGGAUUUCGAGCAGGAAUAUAUCCUGGAGCUCAUUCAGAUUGAGCGAAAGGCACGUCGCUACGUCAUGGACGUCAUUUCUCUCGAGAACCAACUGAUAUACCUCGACAGCUCUGUUGCAACCCUUGUGGCCAAGGGCGACACCACGGUGCAGACAGCUCACGUUCACAUUUGGCAGCAGUGGCAGUCGUGCCGGCGCGAUUACGUCAAGAAAAUGUUCAGGCUCAACUCCAUCGCAAACUACAGAAGGAAAGGCCGCGGAGACUUGGAUCUGAGUGUCCUCGAGACCGCCGAAAACAUCAUCAAAACCAGCGAGUCUCAUCCUGGACACGUGUACGAAUGCGUGGCGGGCAUUGCCAGCUCCUGCGUCACCAGCUUCAACGACUUCCGAAAGCACAUUAUGGAGCUCGCACAGACCCCCGAGAGGAUAGACCCUCACCUGUGCAACAACGUAACACUCGUCAACCACCUGGUUCGCGUCGAGGAGACGUGGGAGUUGGCGCAGAAGUAUUUGAUGGAUGCCCAGAGGCUCCGCAACGUGAUCCACAUCGUUGACUUUAUUGUCGCCAUCGUGAAAACCCAGAAGGCCAUUUUGAUGAUUCUCAACACGAGCUCCACUGGAAGCUCGCCGGCUGCUGCAGAAGCCUCCAAGUCUUUAUGCCACGACACCAGCAAGGCGGGAGGCUCGACGCCACUCCGCUCGUCGCCUGGCAGCGCCAUCGACGCCGAGCUUCCUGGCGAAGACGCCUCGCAGGCGCGGGCGUCUGCACCAAACUACCCAGAGUGCCCAGCGAACGCCCGACUUGCUUCGUUUGAACCGAAAGCCGAGACGACUCAGGACAGCCUCCUCGGAGGGGCCCCAACGUCGAGCUCGUCAAUUCGAGCCACCCCGACGGUUUCGCGUCACCGCACCACCAGCUCCCACGGCGCCGAGAGACGGGAGACGCUCGAGGAAAAGCUGCUUGCCUGCGAUGUGGAGGCUUUUCUUGCACUCCCCCGCUUCGUUUGUCUCUACUACCUCUUAGACCCGAUUUACCGCUCGCAAGUUCUUCAGCAGUUUCUGCCUCACUACUUCGUCGAGUCCCCUUCCACCGCAGAUCCGCCAUCCGAGCUUGCGGACGAGUGCUGGGGACAGAAGCCCUCAGCCGCCGGUUGUGUCGCCUCGCUCGGAAAACUCAGCCCCUCUUUGUCUGCCUCUCAGAGCCUCCCGCAAAACUGCGGAAACGCCAGCCUCCUGCCCGGAAGCGAAGCCUCUUCGUCUGCCUCCUCCGCCUCUUCUCAAAGUAGUUUUUCUUUUUCUGCAAGUCCUUCAGGCCAUUCGCAGCCCGCCAACGUGGAAAAUGCACUUCAUCGAGGUGCGCACACUUCAACUAACGACAGUAACUCGGCUAUGGACGCUCAGGGCCUGGACAUGAGCCAGCAAAUGGAGGCGGGGGCGGGCGAAGACUGCCGCCUCCUGAGCGCCUACUCUGGAGACGCGACGACCACGAGUGCCCCUUCGCGGUUCACUUCUCAGCCAGGAGAGGAGAGUGCAUCUUCCGCCUUUUCUUCGUCGUCGUCAUCCAGUUUCCCGGCUGCGUCUCCUCCGAGCUCCUUCGAGUGGAACGCGGGGGCGGUGAAGACCUCCGCGGCGAGCUCUUCAGACGGCGCGGGCGCAGCGCACGUAUCCCGCAUGGAGACCGACUCAGACGUGUCAACUAUGUGCGGCUCCACCCUUCGAGACAGCGUCAACAGUUUCUCAGCUCUUCAGCAGAGCGCGCCUGAACCCAGCAUGGGCAGUGGCGGUGCGGAUCUCUCCACAGUGAGAGGCCAGGCGACCGACGAGGCUGCGGAGCCGUGCGGCCUUUCUUCGUCUGUGCACCCCCCGACUGCAGAUCUCCAGAGGAAAACCCAGCGAGCGACCCCUCCGCACUCCGACGCCUGCAGCCGAGGGCUACUCUCGACUUCGCUCGGAUCCGCCGGAAGGCAGGAGGCUGGCGGCCAGAUCGGUCACUCGCAGCACGCGAACGGGCGCUACAUCCUCUCUAAGGUCCCCCCGGGGCUGCGGAAGAUGGUGAAGGCCUGGCUGGUCCUCCAGGCCUGGUUGCGGGCGGAAGGCCUCGAAGACUGCCGGGAAGCGUGGCUCUGCGUCAUCGCCAGACUGGCCGACAGCGACGACUUCAGGCUUCUGUUGCAGAAAUGGGCUGGAACGAAGCUCGUCGGCUUUCGCCAUCAGCUGGAGGCGCUCUUCCAAGCUGUGGAAGAGAUCUCCAUGGCGCUUCAACGUUCGUCGCCCCAGGACUGGAACGAGUUUCUCCAGGCCAUCAUUCAAGGCAUCGAGCGGGAUUCGCCUCGGCGGAGGAGUGUUUGCUGA